AUGGGAUACGGCAGUUACAUUCGUAACAACGAAGUGCACGAGUGGUCUGAUUUCUACGUCAAAUACGCCCGAAUGAGCAGACACAUUGGAAAGAGCAGCUUCCGACGACUGAUUGGCCUUGAGAUUGAGAAAGUGGACAAGUUCUACGGCCUUCUUGAAAGAAAGGCGGUUGAUGAGAAGCAGAAAAUACUGGGAGAAGUAGAAAGGGACAUUUCGAGGGAGCUGUUUGAGGAGACUGACAAAAUAGGGCGAAACGUGGUCUACGGUGGAAUUGGAAGAGAGAGCUUGGUUGCGACCGAUGAGUCCGAGAGAAACGAGGACGAGUUCGUCUCGAACACCGAUUGGAAGUGCGAGACUGAGACUGAGACGAGGCAGCUGGGGGUGAUGCGAUUCAUCACGAUGCCAGGUGCAUUCAGAAGGAGGAAGAAGGAGAAGCACAUCACUGAGCUGCUUCACAGUCUCCUGAAAAUAAAGAGCUACAGGGAGAUAAACAACACUGGUCUCCACAAGUUGAUAAAGAAGCACAAGAAUAGCACGAAAGGAAGAGAAGACUGCAGUGAGAUGCUCAAGAGGGCGCAUUUCCACGUAUCAAGGACGACUGAGCAGGUGAGGGCGGCAAUAAAGAGCAUUUACAAGGCGCUAUUUGCGAAGAACAAUCCGAAGCAGGCGAGACGCCUUUUCAAGCGCCUCAGACGCGGGCUGAUCUCCAGCGACAUCCUCUACGUGGUCGCCGGCUUCCUGAGCGGCGUGAACUCGGUGCUCGCGGCCCACCGCUUUCCAAACGGCCCCUUUUUCGCGGCCAACAACGUCUUCCUUGGCUUCAUCCUCUUUGGCCUGUGCAUGAAGUUCUUCAAGUUCUCGAAAAUCAACUACAAAUUCAUCUUCAACUUCGACUACUCGAGCACGAUGAGCAACGGCCGCUACCUGCUGCUCGUGAGCGCGAUGAACACGCUCUACGUCGCAUUCAGCCACGCGGUUGGCGCGAGUCUGGGCCACCUCGCCUUCCUUGGCUUCUGCUUCAUGUUUCUGACGAUGCCCCUGAAUAUCUGCUUUGCCUCAUCCAGGUACUACCUGCUUUCAGCCGUAGGACGAGCCAUCUUCAAGCCACUCUCCACAAUCAGGUUCAGACACUUCUACUUCGUCGACGUGAUCCAGUCGUUCUCGUUCUCGAUCACUCGUCUGAUGACUGCCGCUGGCUGCUCAAACAGGGCCAUUCAGGCCACCGUGGUCGGCGUAUUUCCACUCGUUCGCAUUCUCCAGUGCUUCAAGCGAUUCUCUGGCUCGCGACUCGUCUUCCCCCACAUCUUCAACGCCCUCAAGUACCUCAUGGCCAUCUACGUCCUUGUUCUGCGAACCAUCCACGGCUACGCCGAGAAGAAGGCGGCAGAGUCGGUCGCAACCGCCUGCUUCAUCCUCGUUGGCUCCCUCUACGCCUUCAUUUGGGACGUAUUCGUCGACUUCUCAAUCGUGAGAUCCAAGUUCAUGUUUUCAAGGGUGUUUUACGCCUAUUUCAUCCUAUUUGAUUUCGUAGCACGCUUCUCGUGGAUUGUGGAGUUCUUUGAGCUCGUUCACGAGGCAGACAGGCCGCAACUCGCCCUGCUCAUUGUAUUGGCUGAGAUUGUGAGACGGUUCAUUUGGACAGUGGUUCGUGUUGAGGUGGAGCACCUGAACAACUGUGACGAGUUGAGGGCGAAUAAGGUGCUACAGCUGACAUCAGGAGAACUGUUCUACAAGAGAGACCAGGAGCAGAAGAAUAAGAUCGAUGAUGAGUCAUCGCAGCAGAGUACAGUCACACUCAAUACAGAAUCAACUUAUGAGACAAGUUACGAUACAGCAAACGAGGAAUAG